AGCCGCGGGUUUUGUUAAGGAAGCAUCGAAGACAAUGACAUCUUCACUUUGCUACAAUGAGAUAGUCAUCAUUGAGCAGCAUCUCAUUUCCUUAAGCUUCAACAAUGAUGAGGUCCUACAAGAACAAGCAAAAUCCAUGCGGACAAAGUUUGAGAAGUAUUGGGAUGGACUUCUCAACAUGAAUCCAUUUGUGAUCAUUGGAAGUAUCUUUGACCCAAGGAAUAAGAUGCAAUUUGCAUCAAUUUUCUUUGACAAGCUCUACGGUAAAAACAACAUGGAGAGUAUGCAUCUAAGAUCCUCAAUUAAGACCUUGAUGAAGAAUUUGUAUGAAGAGUAUGCCUCUAGACUAAGUAGCUUCUCUCAAGGUGGAUCCAGGAGUGAUAUGGGGAAUUCUGAACAAGUUAGUGAUGUGGUCUUUGAUUUAUCAGAUGAGGAUGGGUAUGACAGGGAGUCUCUGUAUUCAGAGUUGGAUCAUGAAACUGCUAAAGAGGAAGCUAGUAGUGAGUUAGACAUAUACUUGAUCGAGAAACGUGUCCCACGUUUGAAAAAUGCCUUGGGAAUGGAUUAUGACGUGCUAUCAUGGUGGAGGCGUAACAGUGCAAAGUUUCCUAUAUUAUCUGAGCUUGCUAGGGAUGUGCUAGCCAUUCAAGUGUCUUCGGCAGCUUCCGAGUCAGCAUUCAGUACAAGUGGGAGAUGGAUGAGAAACACUAUGGCUGCUGAAAAGAUUGCAAACUUAGCUCAAAUGCAAGCUGAAUUGGAGUUCCAUGACUCAUUAGCUUCUCCUUCUCUGGACCAACCUCAAGCUGAUGUGUGAAUUGCAGGUGGGGUUUCGAGACUCAAGCUGGAAUGUAGGAGAAACGACAAUAAAUCGAUGCCUUCUAG